CAAAAUACAAUCUCGUGAGCAGCGGGUCCAUUUCUCUUUGUCGUCGAACAAGCAUUCCACUCUCCGUCGGACGCUGUCCACCGUUGUCAGCUUUGCGUGGUUGUUCUCGGGCAAGCAUUGAAGAAGGUUCUAACUCGAGGGCCUUUUCUACUCCCAAAAUCUGGUUAGAUUGAUUUGUUCAAUCUGGCUUUGAAUCUAGAUUUGAAUAUGUUCCCCGCGUCAUCGGUUCCCCGCGUGGUUGUUCUUGCUGUGUUUUAAUUUUUUCAUUUUAAAUUGGCUUUGAAUCUGGUCGUGUAAUCGUUUGAAUAUUGACGCUUUUGAAUUUUGGGAAUAUUUAUUUUUGUGGUACUAGCUUUUUGCUUGAAUGGUGUGUAACUGGGUGUGAUACUUCUGCCCUUUUAAUUUUGAUUACUAGCGUCUAGCGACUUGUAUGCUUUGGAUUGUGUUGUUUUGCAAUGUUAUUGUUGGAUUUGUUGUGUAUUACUAUUGGCAUUCUGUUUAUUGAGCAUUUUAUAUUAUCAUCAAUAUAGAAAACGCUAAAGAUAUUUGUGAUGCAUGGUCUUGUAAAUGACUUGGCUCGAGUUGUGUCAAACUAUCUGGAACAAAAAUUAAAAGUGUUAUAUCAACUAUGCAUAUUUCCAAGAUUUCAGUGGGGGCAUCAAUAUAGGUCCGCUUCUGCAGAUGCUAAGUAUGCUUGGAGAGUCUUAAACAACGUUAUUAAUUUUUGAUUUGAUGUUUUGUGGCAUUGAGGUUUACUGACAAUCCUUCUAAUUAUCUUUUGUAGUAAACACGCGUUUUAAUGGUGGGUCACUUUUAUAACUUGUACCCACUACCCUCCCCUGGUUUCCUUCCUGGCUGUAUAAGUUUUUUAUGAUUUUUCAUGCAUGCAGUCGUCACUGGAGCUUGGUCACUAUUUCUGAAUGUUAAUCUUUACACUUUCUUCUUUCUGUUUAAUUGUAUUUAAACAUUACUCUUUGGUAAGUUAGUCCAGCCUAAAUGAUGACGCUGCUGCCAAUAUGCUCGCCCAGCUAUCUUGUUCAAUGAAUUUAUUGUUAUUAACGUGUUUUAUAAGUUUAAUCUUGAAUGAAUUACUUUUUGAGCCUUUUUGUUAGCAUGGUCAACCCUGCCAAGAAAACCAGAAACAGAAAACUUACUUUAAUCAUGUGGGUAUUGUGUUGUUGGGAUGUAGGCAUAUUUGAUAUAGCCCUCACCUGCAUCUUACUCAUUCCCUCUGUGUUCUGUCGGGGAAGCAUGCGAAUACUGGGAACCAUUUUACAAGAGAGGCUCAUUCAAGCAAUUCAUCAAACUCCUUGCGCUACUGCUUUGAGUGUCAUUCAAAUCCAUCUCAAAUUCAAAUUCCUGUGCACUCAUACAGCAGAAAAUUUUCCUGAAGAUAACUCCAAAACGUUAGAUAACCCUAAGUGCUUAUCUUACAGAAUUGAGAAGCUCUCCAAAGGACAAUCAGUUGGGUCUGCUUUCCAGAGCUGGAUGGGUGAUGGGUUCCCUAUCCAUAGAGGGGACAUCUUUCAUGCCAUUAACCGUCUAAGGAGGCUGAAGAUGAACAAACGUGCUCUUGAGGUGAUGGAAUGGGUGAUCAGAGAAAGACCUUACAGGCCCAGGGAACUAGAUUACUCUUAUCUCUUGGAAUUUACAUCAAAGCUUCAUGGAAUAUCACAUGGUGAGAAGCUCUUCUCCCAUAUUCCUCCUGAAUAUCAUAAUGAGUUGCUCUACAACAAUCUAGUGAUUACAUGCUUGGACAAGGGUGUGAUAAGGCUUUCACUUGAGUACAUGAAAAAAAUGAGGGAAUUAUGUUAUCCCAUCUCACACUUGGUUUUCAACCGCCUUAUAAUUUUACACUCAUCACCGAAUCGCAGGAAAAUGAUACCAAAAAUACUGGCUCAAAUGAGAUCUGAUAACGUUACCCCACAUGUUUCCACCUACAAUAUUCUGAUGAAAAUAGAAGCUAAUGAACAUGAUAUUGAAGGUUUGGUCAAGGUCUUCAGUCAGAUGAACCAAACGAAGGUCGAACCAAAUGAAAUAUCAUAUUGCAUUUUAGCCACUGCACAUGCAGUGGCUAGAUUGUAUACUGCAGCUGAAGCCUAUGUUGAAGCUGUUGAGAAGUCGGCUACUGGGAAGAACUGGUCAACAUUGGAUGUCCUACUGAUGUUGUAUGGGUAUUUGAGGAAGCAGAAGGAGCUGGAGAGGACCUGGGGCAUCAUUCAAGAACAACCAGUGGUUAGAUCUAAAAGUUACAUGUUGGCCAUUGAAGCAUUUGGUAGAAUUGGAAAUCUAAAUCAAGCUGAAGACCUGUGGUUAGAAAUGAAGUCAAGGAAAGGAUUGAAGUCUGUAGAGCAAUUCAAUUGCAUGAUGUCUGUAUAUUGCAAACAUGGAUUGAUUGAUAAAGCUACUAGAAUUUACAAGUGUAUGGAGGCAAAUGGAUGCAAACCAAAUGCCAUAACUUAUCGCCAGCUUGUUCUGGGCUGCUUGAAAGUAGGUAUAACGGAGCAAGCCUUGAAGACAUUAGAGUUGGGCAUGCGUUUCACAGUUAGCAACAGAGUCAGAAAUUCAACCCCAUGGUUAGAAACCACUCUUUCAAUUGUUGAUAUUUUUGCUGAGAAAGGUGAUGUAAGAAAUGUGGAGAGAUUGUUUGAAGAACUUCACAAGGCUAGGUACUGUAGAUACACAUUUGUAUAUAAUACCUUGAUUAAGGCUUAUGUAAAAGCUAGAAUUUAUGAACCAAAUCUUUUGAGAAGGAUGAUUCUUGGAGGAGCUAGGCCGGAUUCUGAAACUUACAGUCUGAUGAAACUUGCGGAGCAGUUCCAACCCUGAUUUUCAUGCAUCCUUUUGCGCGUUCUGUGUACUCUUUUUUUGUCUGUCUACCUCAAAUUACUAAACCCAUUUUAUACCGUAAGGUGUAAGCGAUAAUAUAUUAUCGAACUGAGGCUCAUUUUUCUUGCUCUGAUUCCUAUCUUCUCUCAUAAAUGAUAAAAAUGCUUCCUUACAUUCUA